AUGCAUCAGAACGACGACGCCUUUAUCUCACCCGACAAACCCUCUCGUCCCAUUCACACCAUCGAUAUGCACCUUGAGUCUCAAGCCGCCAUGACGCCUCCUCCUAACUUUGGCGCACAUGCCUACCACAACUCGCCCUUUACUUCGUGGAUGCACCAGCUUCCUCCGGCGCCCGCAACCCAAUUACGGCCCCAGUCCGUCUCGAUACCCCGCUCUCAUGCCUUUUCUUCGCUUGCACCACUCUCCAGACCCUCUCCCACGCAAGAGUCUCCACCCAUCAACAUGCAUGCACAACACCACGACCAGCCCAUGUCCUUUGACACCAUAAAGAGGACCAUACCUCUGCAAAACCUCCCGCCGUUUGCCAGCUCGCCAGAAUCCACUGCUGCACUCAACUUGCACGCCGCAGACCACGGCCUCUGGCAUCAUCGCGGCGUCAGUAACGGCUCCGGUUCCGACGUCAGCUCCGCAUCCGCCAACGCUGGCACCGAGCUCAACGCCGUCGCCGGCCCUUCCUCUCAACCAAUGCUCCGCGCAGCCUCGCGCCAAGCUUACGAUGCUGCCAACGCCUCGCCUCCUCCUCGCUCCCUCUUUGGCUCCUCCGAUUCGCAUCGCAGGCUCCAAGACGUCGAGAUGGACAUUGACUCGCACUCGGACCAAGACGAUAUCGACGCUCAUCCUCCUGCUUCGCCCUCCCCCCUCUGCGAACAGCCCGACCUCUUGGAUCCAAGCUCCGCAUUCCACCUCGACCUCGGCGAGCCCAUGCUUCAGCCGGGCACGCGUCCCACCCAUCGACUCACCCGCAACCCCUCUUCAUCGCGCAGCACCCACACCUUGGUCAGCGCAUCUCAACGCACUCGUCCACCACGCUCUCGUGUGCCUUCUUCCAGCAACGCUUCUUUGCCCCAGCUCACCACUCCGGCCCGCCAACGCUCCACAACCAGCACUAACACGCAUCUCGACAAUACCGUCUACACCUCCUCGUUCCAUGGCUUGCACUCGUUGCCCUCUACCCAGCCGCGCAUCACCCAUCGCGCUCGAGCCUCUUCCUCCGCCGCUUUGCAUCGCCCUCUCACCGAGUUUCUCACUCCUCGCAGCGCCAGCGCUUCUGCCGGCCUCGGCGACAAACUUCCUGGUGUGGCCAACCUCUUUGAAUUCGCCACUCAGCCACGUCCUAUCAUCCGAUCUGCCGACCAUGACUCUGAAUUUACCCCGCUGCGCGACCACAAGCGAAGGCCCGCCAACCUCUCCAUGAGCUCCUUCCCAACCGCCAAGCUCUUUGAGGACGAGAUCGAAGCAGCUGCCAAAUCAUCCGCCCGGCCUGCGGCUGGCGUUGUCCAAUCCGAUCACUCACCACCGCAUUCCCUCGAUCUCAUCUCGACGCCAGCACGCUGUAAGAACGCCUCUGCGCACGCAUCCAAUGCCACCGCGCCGCUAUCCUAUCGUGAAACACCUCAGCACGCAACGCCGCACCGCUUCUUCUUUGGCUCUCACCAUCCAAGCACAUCAGCUGAUGACAGUGGAGUUGCGUUUGCCGACGGUGACCACAGCGUCAAGAGCACCAGGAAGAGGAUCGGUUCGCUCUUGGGCUCAUCCGCAAAGGACUCAUACAUGCAAACUUCCACUUUCACCAACAACAUGCUCGAGGAUCUCCCUUCGCCUUCGCAGGAUGCCCUCCGCCGUCACGAGACCAGCUUCCAUCGCGACUCGCCCGCUCCAAGACCAUCCAGUCGAGCCAUUCUUCACCCAUUUGGCCCAAAGGAGCGCUCAUCCUUGAUGCAUGAGACUCGCUUCUGCAACUCGAGCGACCAUGGCUCUGCCAACUCAUCUCCAGAUCUGAUUCCGCGCAACCGCAACCGCAACCGCUCCCGGACCAGCACCAACACCAGCGCUGCCAGCGCUGCCAGCCCUGCGAGACGAGUGCGCGAACGCAGAACCACCUCCGAAUACAUGGAUCCCGCAAGCCAGUACCUCACUCCGCAGAACUUCAAGAGCGUCAAGCCAUUGGCGGCGGCCUUCAUGUCAACCGGCCUCGUUUCCAAGCGUAACCGGGUGCGCGAGAAUUCCGAGGGCGCCGAUGGUGCAUCCGAGGCCUUUCCGCUUCCACCGAAAGCUCCCAACUUUGGCCAGGCGCUUGGCCUGCGUGAAGUUGUUGCUGCCGCCUCUGCCCAUGCCUCUGCCAACGCAGAUCGCGCCAGCAAUGCUAUGCCUGACACUCCCGUCAAGAAGGCCACCGCCACCCCGCUCGUCCCAUUUCCCAAGUUCCAUGCUUCGCUUCGAGGCCAGGCUGGUGCCAGUUCGUCUGCGAUCGGACCAUCUCCGUUGGGUUCGCAAUCAUCCGCCGUGGAACCGCGCUUGGCCAGCAUCAGUCCAGGCUCUCCGGUGCUGUCGGAUCAAGUCCACAGCCCUACUUUCAAGUUUAUCAAUCUCGGCACCGCUCCGAAUGCGGGCACACCCGCUGUACUGUCCGCACGACCUGGCUCCGCCUUUGAAACCCGUUCUUGGAGCCGCCCGUUUCCACAUCCAGAUCCGCCCACUCUUGUCACGGACGACGUCACUGAGGACGAAGGCAACCUCUCCGACGUGGUGCACAGCCCCAGCAUUCAAUCUGGCCGCGUUCGCGAUGUACAGAGACUCCAGAAGGGCAAGCGCACCAUCCACACGCCCGCCUCGAGUGCCGCGCCCGCGCCAGCACGCAAGAUGCUGUCCGUCGACGUCGGCAAGGCUGCUGGUGCUCCCAGGGCUCUCCGUGUGCGUUCUGCCGGCCUCGGCAAACGAGCUUUGAGUCAGAACGCAAGCUUUGUGCGCGAUGCAAGGGGCGGCACCGAGUCGAGCCACGACGGUGGCAACGACGGUUGCGACGACGCACCGCCGCCUGCUACACCAAUUACAUCGACGGCGUCGCUGCUGCCUCGCGAGACAGAUGUGGAGCCCAUGACACCGAGGCGCAACCUCCUAUGGUACGAGGCAGCGCAGAUCUUGACGUCGCCCUCGCCCUCUUCGAGACGCAAAUUGCGUGCACAUCGUCUCGAGCUCUUGCAAACGCGCCGCAAGUCACGACUCUCGGAGGAGACAUCGAGCUGCCAAGAGACGCCGCACAAGUCAGCCGCCGGAUCUUCGUUCGGUGCGAACAGCCACGCGUCGGCGAUCGACUUGCGCACUAAAGAGCCAGAACAUGGCCAUUUGGAGACCGCCUUUGUCGUCGAGGAGACCAUCGGACAUGGCGAAUUCAGCGAAGUGCUCAAGGCCGUUUCGAGAUCCAACGGAUACGCGUACGCAGUUAAGCGCAUGAAGAAGGCCUACCUGGGCGCCAGAGACCGGCUGCGAAGGCUCGAGGAGGUCGAUGUGCUUCGCACACUGUCGACAUCGGGCAAGCCUCAUGCCAAUAUCGUGUCACUCUUUGACGCAUGGGAGGAGCAAGGUCACCUUCAUCUGCAGCUCGAGCUGUGUCCCCUUGGCUCGCUUGCCUUCUUCCUGGAGGAGUACGGGCAGCAGGUGGGUGCACUCGACGAACCGCGGCUGUGGAAGAUCCUUGCCGAGCUUUCGAGCGGAGUCGCCUACAUUCACAGCCACAACAUUCUGCAUCUCGAUCUGAAACCAGCCAACGUGCUCAUCACCGAGCACGGCACACUCAAGAUCGGAGACUUUGGCAUGGCGACACGCUGGCCGUUGGUGGAUGCCGAGACAACGCUGCGCGGAGCCAGUCUGAACGACGAGUCGGAUGCGUAUGCGUUGGACCAGGUGGCAGAGCCAUGGCCGAGUCAGCGUGGACUUGAAAGGGAGGGCGACCGCGUCUACUUGGCGCCCGAGGUCAUCUUCCACGGACAGUAUGGCAAAGCGGCGGACGUGUUCAGCUUGGGGCUUAUCCUGCUUGAGGCAGCGGGCAACGUGGAACUUCCGGACAAUGGCGAGCCAUGGCAGAAGCUGCGUCGCGAUGAUCUGUCCGACGUGGAUCUCAGUGCACUCAGUGGACCGCUGGUCCGCAUGCUCGAGAGGCUGCUGUGUUCUGAGCCUGAGCAACGCGCUACGAUCGACGAGGUGGUUGGUAUGCCGACCAUGGCGUGCGUGCGCUCCAUCAUGUCGCGCGGAUUGUCAGCGUCAGAGAUGGACCAGCUGCCCGAAUUUACCGAUUCGCUGUCCACAUCGGGAUCGUUGGCGGUGAUGGCUGACAGCUCAUCGAUGCGCUCGAUGCCGACGAGCGAGCUGUCGAGCCGCACGCUGGGACUGAGCGAUUCGGACACGGGCUCGAGCGCCGCCGAGCUGUCCGAAGGUGACUCGUCGAUGGGCCUGUGCGGCUUGUCUUCGUGCAUGUCGGCUCGAACGUCGAUUUCGACGUCGAUGAGCUCCUUCUCGUCGCAUCAGGCGGUGAUUCGAGUGCGUGGCGCGCUGAUCCAAGAGCCCGAGGAAGACUUUAUGCGUGAAGUGAUGGGCGCCGACCCGAUCGAGCAGAGGUAUGUGGGCAGCAAAGGUGCGUUUACCCGAUGCGCUGCAGAGCGUCCGGCGCUGGCAGCUGUGCAGCCUUUGCAGGAGAGCUCAGCCAUGCUGAGUGGUAGCUACUCGAUGGAUCUGGAUGGUUAA